AUGCAGACGGUGUUUUCAACAAACAUUCGCGUAAAUACUAGACAUUACAGAGCUGACAUGGCGAGUGAGAGAUCGAAAGGACACCGUGAAACCGCUAGUACGGACCUUCUUGUGAAUCCUAGUUUAUCCUCUCAUAGUUGGGCGACCUUAUCUACGAAAAGGUGUGACAUACUUUUUUUGACCACUUUCCAACGAUUGUGUUCGUUUUAUAAUUGUCAACUAAAGCAUAAAAAACGGUUACGAAAGUAUGUGUGUGAGCAAGUCGUUGUUUCGUCAUCUACCACAUCUUUGAAAGUCACUGAUAAUCACAAAGAGCCGCCCUUGAGAACUUGUAGUAGCCCAUUAUCUCCAUUAUUAAGAUCAGACUUGCCUCUUGAUAUCAAGCAGGAGUUUUUGGAUCGCAUUCGUGAUGCAACUAUUUCUGCAUUUCAUGUCGUCUGCAUGCGAUUUAUCAUUUUGACGUAUAAGAUUUAUCAUUCGCAAGUACAGCCAAGCAGCAUUUCCGCUACAAGGCCUAUCUCACAAGUAAAGGUUUUCAAGCACGAGGCUUUAUUAGUACGCGUCUGGUACAAUUCAAGACACAGUAGCAUCGUUUGUUAG